AUGGCCACUCCUUCCCCAACGUGGGACGAGGAGCUCCGCUUCCUAGAGAGACAGGAAGUUUCAGAGGAGGCGGGAGCGGCUAUUAUCUGGGAACGGGGCGGGGGGGGCGCGUUAGUCUCUGCAGCCACACGCGGAGGAGAGACUUUGGUAAGGAGGCGAGGUGGCUGCAGAGGGAAGAAUUCAGAAAGGUGCAACAUAUUUGGGGGGAGAUAUUAUGGGUGGUGGGGGGAUAUUUGCAUCCCUCCCCAUGCCGAAUCUGCAAACCGGGCAGCCGGGAGAGGAGGAGGGAGGGGGGGGAAAUUUGGGAGGUGGGGGAGUGAAAAAAGGUCGCCACGUGUUGGGACUUUGCAGUUUAGAGAAGUUUGUAGAACCGAGCAUGGCAUGGAGGGGGAAAGGCUUUUCUCCCUCUUCCGCAGUGCUAGAACUGGUGGAUUCCCCCCACCCCACCCCGCAAAAAAGCUGCAAGUUGGAAGUUUCAGGAAUCGUAGAAAGGGGAGGGGACCCCCAAGGGCCAUCUAGUCUGACCCGCUGCAAUGCACGAAUCUCAGCUAAAGCAUCCCAGUUGGUUAGAGGUGGGGGGUGCUGAUAAGGGCAAGGUUGCAGGUUCGAUCCCCACCCCCCGUGUGGGACAGGCUGCCUAUUCUUGCAUUGCAGGGGGUUGGACUAGAUGACCCUUGGGGGUGGUCCCUCCCAACUCUACGGUUCUUUGAUCAGCUACAUGCAGUGCAAAAUCAAACUGUGGAACUCGCUCCCCGCCCCUUGGGUGGCUUUGAAAGAGAAAUGAGACAAACUCAUGGGCUAUAAAUAAGGCUGCCAGCCUGGGAGGUUGUGCUCUGGUGUCUCACGUUGAAUGCCAGUUGUUGGAGACAGCAGGAAGGGAGAGUGGCCUUGUGUUCGAAUCCUGGAUUUCUUGUCUCCCACGGGCAUCUUGUUGGCUUCUGUGAGAAUUGGGUGCUGGAUAGGCCAUUGGCUCUCAUAAUAAUAAUAAUAAAUUUUAUUUAUACCCCACCCUACCUGGCCAGAGCCGGGCUCAGGGCGGCUAACACCAGUAAAAUUACAGUAAAAACAUAAUUUAACAUAAACAUAAAACCAAUUUAAAAAUACAGGUUAAAAUGUAAUUUAAAAUGCAGCCUCAAUUUAAAAGUAGCCCAUAGAUCAAAACCAUAAGGGGAGGGAAACAGAAGGGUCAGACUGAGUCCAAAUCAAAGGCCAGGUGGAACAGCUCUGUCUUGCAAGCCCUGCGGAAAGAUGUCAAGUCCCGCAGGGCCCUGGUCUCUUGUGAAAGAGCGUCCCACCAAGUUGGGGCCAGUACUGAAAAGGCCCUGGCCCUAGUUGAGAUGUUGUUAUGACGAGUGGAAAGCAGGGAACCCCGUCCCCCGUUUCCCUCUGGGAAUCCAUAGAUUCUGCCCUCUGCCAUUCAUACUUUAGCUGAGAUUCCUGCAUCGCAGGGGCUGGACUAGAUGACCCUCGGAGGUACCCCCUUCCAACUCUAGAGCAGAUCCUCUCUGGAGCUGCCUUCACCUCUCUGUAGAGAUCAACCCAGGUCUUGUUGGUGGGGGUGGGGGAGGUAAAUCUUUGUUACAGAGGAAGGAAGCAGAGGGUUUCCUGCUCUGCUUUUGUAGCCCCCAGCUCAAAAGAAUGGAAACAACCUUUGGAGGAGACAAUAGCCUGUGAGUAAUAAGACAAUGGCAAACUGGCCAAGUGAGAUUCCUUUGCUCUGUCUUGACAAAGAGACAAGAGGAGGAGAUUUCUUCAUUUAACAGAAUUUAUAAACCUCUUGGUUUUUUUGGGGGGGAAACCCCAAGGCAGUUUACAAAAAAAAGAAAACACCGUAAAAUGAUCACUUAAGAAAAAAAUCACAACAAUCAUUUCAAACAUGCAAACAGUUAAAACCACAGUAGAACAGACCAAGGCAAAUUAAAACUUAUACAAACUUUCUGAACAUCUGGUAGGCGUGACUGAAUAAGAAUAUCUUUAGCAAGAAAUGCAGGGAAGGCGCCUCUGAUAUCCAUAGGCAGGGAGUUCCAAAGUUCCUGUUAAAAUAUGUUGGGGAAGGGGGCGUUUAUUGGAUUGUUUUUGUUUUGGUUAUGUAUUUUUGUGAUUUUAUGCUGUAAUUGCCCCGAGACCUGCGGAUUUAGGGCAGUAUGCAAAUUCAAGAAAUAAAAAUAAAUAAAUAUUUAUAUACCGCUUAAUAUUUUUUAAUGAAAAUCUCAAAAGCGGUUUACAGCAUAUUAAAUCAAUAAAACAAUAGCCAGGCGAUGUUCCUCCGGCCUCAUGAGGAGCGUCUUCAGUGGGGCUGGUGAGUGUGGGCCCAGCCCCCUAGGCCAGGGGAGCAGCCUUUGCGCCCCACAGCCGGGCGAUGUUCCUCCGGCCUCAUGAGGAGCAUCUUCAGUGGGGCUGGUGAGUGUGGGGCUCAUCCCCUAGGCCAGGUGGAGGGGCCUUGCUGGGAGCGGCCUUCACACUCACAGCCAGGUGAUGUUCCGCCAGCCUCAAUAAUUAAUUGUUUGUGCUCCCAUACUAAACUACGGUGGUACCUUGGUUUAAGAACUUAAUUCGUUCCGGAGGUCCGUUCUUAACCUGAAAAUGUUCUUAACCUGAAGCACCACUUUAGCUAAUGGGGCCUCCUGCUGCCGCCGCGCCGCCGGAGCUCGAUUUCUGUUCUCAUCCUGAAGCAAAGUUCUUAACCCGAGGUAAUAUUUCUGGGUUAGCAGAGUCUGUAACCUGAAGCGUAUGUAACCCGAGGUACCACUGUAUUGAGUUCUUAAUCGGGGAGAUAAGUAAAAUGCCCCUGCCCCAGCUGGACUUGGGGGGGCGGAAAUAAAUACCUCCCUGCCCCAGGGAGUUUUGCUGCUGUUUCUUGCAUUGAAGAGGCUGGUCCAGAGCUCCUCCUGAGAUUUAACUUGAGGAUAAGAUGCAGCCCCUCCACAUUGCUCUCUCAACAACACUGUAAAAUGGUUAAAACAGGGAUGCAGAGCAUCUUUUUUGGGGGGGUGCACAGGGAUAGCUCUUACUCUCAGGGUCGUAGGUUGGGGGUUUUUUUAAUUUUAUUUGGAUUUUUUAAAUAAAAUGUUUUGGAGGGGAAAUCUUUUUCUAAAGAUCGUUUUCUUUUCAGGUUCCAUUAUAGUCCAAAGGCUAUUCAUCAGGAAAUAAGGAUUUGUUUUAAGUUUUUCAUGUGUGCUAUAACUCAGUCUAAGGUGUGUUUUUUUAAAGUGUUUAACCACAGCAGUUAACAAACGUGGAUACAUAUCCUAUAAUCUGAAGGCAGCCCUGUUUAGGGAAGCUUUUAAUGUUUGAUGUAUUACUGUAUUUUAAUAUUUGGUUGGAAACCGCCGAGAGUGGCUGGGGAAGCCCAGCCAGAUGAGCAGGGUAUAAAUAAUAAAUUAUUAUUAUUAUUAUUAUUAUUAUUAUUAUUAUUACAUAAUUGUUUAAAUUGUUAUUAUGGAAAUUAUCAGUCUAUGUAUUUCUAACAGUAUAACCAAAUUAGUAAUUUUUGAUAUAACUGUAUAAACUACUCUGAGAAUUAUUAUUCCGAAAAUGAAACCUUUAUCUGGUUGUAAAUAUUAAGAUUAUACCAUCAGGAAUGAGUCUUUCUGCAAAAAAAGAAAGUUUUAGAUCAAGUCUUACUGACUAGUGAUUUAAAUCGUAAUUUAAAUCGAUUUGAUUUAAAUCAAAUCCACCCUGCUCCCAUAUAAAGGAUGAAAUUCUUCCCCUCCCUUGUCUCUCCCCUGCAGGGACCACUUGAGAGCUACUCCCUUCGUUGA